AUGUAUCGGAAUUUGUAUGACACAGACAAUAUUAUUUAUUCACCAGAAGGAAGAUUAUACCAAGUUGAAUACGCGAAUGAGGCCAUAAAACAAGGAACCUGCGCUGUAGCCAUAAAGUCUAAGGAUUUUGUGGUCGUUUGUGGUCUGAAAAAAUGUAUCAGCAAAUUAUCAUUUCAUCAAGAUAAAUUAUUCAAAAUCGAUGACUAUAUCGGUGUAACCAUGAGUGGAAUUACAUCUGAUGCAAAGGUUUUGACGAAAUAUAUGAGAAAUGAAUGUUUGACACAUAAAUUUUUAUUUGAUGAAAAUAUGAAUAUAGAAAAAUUAGUAAAAAAGGUAGCAGAUAAAUAUCAAAAGAAUACGCAGAAGAGUAGUAGAAGAGCAUUUGGUGUAGGGUUGAUAAUAGCUGGAUAUUUUAAGGAACCUUACAUUUUUGAAACGAAGCCAAAUGGAUCUUAUUUUGAAUAUAUUGCCUUAUCAUUUGGUGCAAGAUCACAUGCGUCAAAAACUUAUUUAGAAAAAAAUGCACAUUUAUUUGAAGAUUCGUCAUUAGAGGAUUUAACGUUACAUUGCUUAAAGGCGUUAAGAUGUUCCCUUUCGAGUGAAAAUGAAUUAACUGUAGAAAACACAUCACUAGCUAUUGUUGGUAAGGACAAACCAUGGCAAGAAAUUUCCACUGUAGAUUUAGUGGAGCUUCUAACUAGGGUAAACGCAGAACAGAUAAAUGAAAAUAACGAGUUAGAAACUCAGAAUGACGUAAAUCAAACAAAUCAGUCAAAUCCGUCAAAUGAUGUUGAUGCACCAAACCCGUAG